UCUGCCUUUGAGGACCUGAGCGAGAGACGAAGAGAAGAGGAAAGAGCGCGUUAUGUGGCCUCUUGUCUCGUUAUUUGCAGAAACACCCGCAAAGCCAGAACAGAAAUCGCAUAUAAAAUGCGAAAAGAAAUGAAUUCAAUGUUCGGAGAUCUGCACAGGAUCUCUCUCCGUCAAACUUUCUUUACCCCGUCCUCAUAACAUAUUUCAGAUCCGAAAACCACAUCCCGCGAACUCUGAAGAUCUCUAUUCUCUUUCCCUCACCUUUCCACUCAAAUUCCCCUUUCCACUUUCCCGAGAAAAUUAACUUUUUCCGUCAAUUUUCCCUCCACCUCUUCCUUCUUCCUCACAAUGGCUCUGAGCUUCAACAAUCGAAGAAUCCCUCUCGCUCUUCGCAUUUUCCUUCUGUUCUCCUUAUUCUUCAGCCUCUCACCGACCUUCGCUCAGGAUUCUCUCGUUCAGAACGCGAAGGAAGAUUCCGGCGGAUCUGUGGAUCUCGGUCGCCGCGCCAAAAUUGCAUUGAAUGACAUAGAGAAUGAUUCGAUCCUUUCUCUUGGCUUGGACUCCACCGGUCCUGGACUCUUCGACGCAUUUUUCGCGAGUUUUUCGAUGAUCCUUGUCAGUGAGAUUGGGGAUGAGACGUUUAUAAUAGCAGCUCUUAUGGCUAUGCGUCACCCUAAGUCAAUUGUCUUGUCUGGUGCUCUCAGUGCUCUGAUUAUAAUGACAGUACUUUCUACAGGGCUUGGCAGGAUUGUGCCAAAUUUGAUUUCUAGGAAGCAUACGAAUAGUGCUGCUACAGUUCUUUAUGCUUUCUUUGGGUUAAGGUUACUGUACAUUGCAUGGAGAUCAUCAGAUUCAAAAUCUUCACAGAAGAAAGAAAUGGAAGAAGUUGAAGAAAAACUGGAUGGUGGACAAGGGAAAACUUCAGUUCGGCGCUUCUUUUCAAGAUUCUGUACACCAAUAUUUUUGGAGUCUUUUAUUUUAACAUUCCUUGCUGAGUGGGGUGAUCGUAGCCAGAUAGCGACAAUUGCACUGGCGACCCACAAAAAUGCAAUUGGAGUAGCAGUUGGGGCCACUAUAGGACACACCAUCUGUACCUCUCUGGCUGUGGUGGGAGGAAGCAUGCUGGCAUCUAAGAUUUCCCAACGCUCAGUAGCCACUGUUGGUGGCUUGCUCUUCAUCGGUUUUUCCAUAUCUUCAUACUUCUAUCCGCCUCUAUGAUAAUUACAAGUGCAGAGUAAUCUGAUUCGUAAUGGCUUGUGGCCUCUCUGUCCUGUUCCCCCCCCCCCCCCCCCUACAUAAUUGUCUUUAUUGUAGAUUUGUGUUGUACUUGUUCCCUAGGAAAGCUCGAUACCAACUGGAACAUGAGAUUUUGAAUCCCAUUCUUUUUUUGUAAAAUAUGUUUAGUUUUCGUCUCCUCCACACUAGCACGUAGACAGACAUUGUUAUUUAUCAUUAUUUUUGGAAGGUAAAAGUAUCAUCUUCUUUUCA